AUGAGCGAAUACUAUCAGUACCUCUCUUCCAUGUCCAUGGUUGGAGUUGGGGGACAACUGGCCCAUAAUCAUCCGGAUGUCACCGGACAGUGCGAUGAAACCCAUCCAAUCUGCGAAAAUCCCUCACAACCAAAGGGGUCGUCGGGUAACAACAACUCCAAGGAAUCGUCCGCAGGGCCCAGUCAGCAGCCGAGUCCAGAAUCCUCCAAAGGCGAGGAUGAGGAGGAAGCUGAGCUGGACACUAAGCUCGAAACGAUAAUGGAUGAGGACGAAGAGGAACCGGAGAGUGCGACUUCACAGACGCCAACACCAGGUUUACCGACACGAAGGUCGAGCACAACAUCAUCACUUGGCCCUCAACGUGCCGGCGGAGACAACCGACACGGGUCGGAGACCCCUUCCUUCGAAGGGUUGAAUCGCUCAUCUCCAGCACUAACGAUGGGGACAGCAAAUCCCCAGACACCAAUAGGACUCAAUUUCCCAUCUUCAUCCUCUGCACGACCCGACUGGACCUUUCUCACACACGAAAUGCAGUUCUAUCUGAACUACUUCUACGAUAAUGUCACUCACUAUCACUACUGUGCAACGAGCGAUCUGGAUGAUUUCUUCCGUACCAUUCUUACGACAGAGGCAACUCGAAACGAAGCGCUGCUCUAUGCGGUUGUGGCCUUCUCUGCAUACCAUCAUGCCAUGAAAGAUCCGAACGGGAGGAUCAAUGAGUUUCUUCAGUUUUACAGUCGUAGUGUCAGACUUCUUCUGGAAUGCUUGAAGAAAAAAGAGAACUACAACAUCGGCACCCUCCUUACGAUUUUGCAGCUUGCUACGAUAGAGGAGUACUUGGGCGACUGGAUCAACCUCAUGGGACACAAAAAGGCAGCGUUCGAGGUCCUGACACAGCUUUACGAUCCACACUCUGCAAUGCAAUCGCCUGUCGGACGCAUGGCCGUCACGUGGUACGCACGAUUCGACGUGAUCACCAGUGUUAUGGGGUGCCUUGCGCCGUCGAUGUCCCGGGAAUGGUUUACAGCACAGGUAGAACACUAUCAAGAUCGAGCAACAGCAGAACCUCAAAAUGUGGGUUGCAAGUUCGAGUUAUGGUCUGCUCGGCUGAGACUCAUCAUGAUGGAAAUGGGCCUGCUUUACGCCAAGAGGGCAAAGCGUGACAUCUCCGAAGACGAGUAUGCUGCAGAGCAUCAGCGGCUGGCAGUUGUCUUGGAGGAGUGGAAAAACAGUUGGGACCCGGCCAUGACCGAUCCGUCGUUCCUCCUGACCGAUCUUCCGACGAACAACUCGGACAUCAACCCUUUUACGCCAGAGCCCCUUUUCCAGCCUCCGUUGUUUGUGGCGACCGCCCUGGUGUGCGAGUAUCACUCGCUUGCUCUCAUGCACGCGAGUCAGAGUUCGAUCAAGCUCACGGAUGAGGCGAAAGCGGGCCUGAGGGAACGUGCAAACGCGAUCUGCCGGAUCGUGGAAGCCGUGGAGGUCUGGCAGGGGAGCCCUUUGGGUAGCUUGAUCCUGCUUCAAGCCUGCAUGGUGAUGGCAUCUUUCUACGUGCGGCGAGACGCUAGACACCACAUGUGGCUGAGGAGGAGGUAUGCUUCGCUCGAGUCUAUGGGGUACAUUUCACCGAUGACGCUGCGCACUCGCAUGGCAGAACUCUUCAACGACCAGAGUUGUGUCCGGUGGUGGCUCCCCAACGACGAAGGCUUCACUCCUCUCCUCCAAAGCAUUCGAGCCCUGGCAGACGAGCGCAACUUGAUGGCAGCUUCAGCCCAAAGCGAGACCCUGCAGCAAAUUCGCCAUGUCUUUUCCCGGAUGCAAAUCGGGCCCGAUGAUGGCGACACCGAUAUGAAAGACGCGACUGCUUGA